GGGUUUGACCGGAAGUGUACGUGUUGAUGAAGCUAGCGGAAGAAAAGUGAGGUUUUUGCGGAACAUAAACCUCAAAACAUAACGUUAAGAGGAAGCUCAUACCACAAUUUCUUGCUGAUUAGGGAGGGCAGAGAUACCAUGUGCAAGUCACAUGAACGACAAGGAUGAGGCAUAAACAACAAGGGGGCAGUUUGAGGAGAGAGCCACUGCACCGCGUUUUCCAAGGGGAGGGGGUUUACUGCUUGUAAAGGCCUGACACAAGCAGCCCCCUGUCAACCCCUUCCACCCUGAACUUAUGCAAUGAACAGCACCACUGAGGCCCCUGGCACCACUGAUGGGGAUGUGGCUGUCACUUAUGUGCUGGUGCCAUUUUUCCUCAUCACUAUUAUUGGAAUCGCUGCAGCUGUGGUCAUGUAUAUCCGUAAGAAAAGGAGACUUGACAGGCUGCGCCAUCAGCUGUUACCGGUUUACUCGUAUGAUCCAGCAGAGGAGCUGAAUGAAGCUGAACAGGAGAUGUUAUGGAGAGAGGAGGACACAAGGAUUAUACAAGGCUGGGCCAGAAGUUAUCAACAACGACGCCCUCUGCUGACCAAAGAUGUCAAUGCAUGAUGCUGAUCAACUGGCAAAGAUUAUUUAAAGUUUGGAGAAGACACUCAGCCAGAGCGAUCACUAAUUUUCAGAGUCAUGCACUUUGUUCUCAGUUUUCUUUCCUACAACCAUUGACCCUUUAAUUUUCAAUGCAUCAGCACCAAUCAGCAUUUCUGUAUUUCCUGCCUUGCGAAAAGACAGUGACUGUUCAUUUGCGAGAUUCUAAUGCCAAUCCUUUGUGCCUAACAGACGCAGUACCUUAAACUUAUUUAUUAGAGUAUUUAUUCAACUUAUUUUUUACAGUGGUAUUUGGUGAUAUAGCUUUAGAGCAGUUGCUAAUGGUUGAUAUUUGUUAAUAGUUUGGAUAUGGUCAGCAGCUUUUAGAUACAAUCAUUUCUGCAUUGGGAGGGUUUAUGUAGAUUAUUUUCAGUUUGAGGCCCAAAAUGUUAAGCAUUUAAAGUUUCAUACUGAUGUAAAGUACUUUAAAUCAGCCAUUCAGAUGCAUUUCAGUUUCAUCUUGAGUCCAGUGAUCGAACAUGCCCACUUUAAUUGCUCACAUUUUUUAACAAUCCGCCUCACCAUCCGGAUCUCAUUGUGGUUUUGCCAAAUCCUAUGAGUCUUAUCAAUGGUAUGAAAGGCCAGAUAUGGAAGUAAAUAACACCAACCUCUUCACAUCCUUAAAAUGAGUCGUGACUAGUGCCCUAAAUAUGUCCUGUUUAGAAGAAAUGGCACCAGCACAGAUUUACCUCGAGGUAAAUAAUCUGUUCAGAUGAAUACCAUGGGUCUGACUGUAUCACCACUCAGGAAACACUUCAUCCAUUUUUUUUUUUUUGGGAGAUGAAUUUUAAUCUUCUGACCUUUAUUUGCCUUGAAUUUAAACUUAGUACAAUGAAACCGUUAGAACUGUCUGAAGACCUGCACUCAAUUCAUGUUUUGCUGCAAUAGGUUUGACAUUUAGGGCGUUUCAACCCAAGACUGAACUUUAACAUUUACAUGAUUUUUAAGUCCACUUUGAAUGUGAAGACAUUUUAUCACAGACUUAAUCAUCAGGUGCUCACAUCAUUGUUCAUGUGUAUCUACUGAAACAAGCCACUUGCCAUUUAAACUUUAUGAAGGUUACAUAUUAUAGGACAUUAUUUUUCACGUGUAAAAAAACUUAAGUUUUGAUGUUAGGUUGCACUGUAAGAAUCAAACUACUGAUCUAAAUGUGAAUUUGGAAGCACUGGUAUGAAGUUACAGACUGUUGUACAAUUUUUUGCUGUGUUGGGAGAGAUCAAUAUGCUGUUGAUUUAAGCAUUGAGGCUGUAAAAUAAAUACUAUUAUGUCUUUGUCAGUUGCAGCUGUGAAUCAGUCGAUAUAUGCAGACAAAAUGACAAAGAAAAUUUCUCUUUAUUGACCAUUUCUGAUACAAAUUGUUGUAGGGCACCAUAGAAAUAUAGACAUUGUACAUUUAUAUACGGUGUACAUUAAAAAGAAUGAUCCCAUCCUAUUGAGUUUACAGUAUAUAAAUGAACGGAUGCAAGAUGUUGGUAUGUAAAAUGACACCGAUACAGUCGAGAGUAGAUGGAGGAUGUUGAAAGAGGUGAGAUGAGCAUUAUGAGUGUAUGACCGUUAUGAUUAUGGCGAGGGUGUGUGGUAGUGCCAAAUACACAGUGGCCAACAGAUCAGUUUAAGUGGAAAGAGCGCCCAGUCUAUCACAAACACACAUUUUGUCCAUGAAAAUCGGAACCAACAUUUCAGUGCACCAGAAGAAUAUUUUGAAAAAAAAAAAAAAAAAAAAAAGGAUAAAAACACACCUGCUAAUCUACCACAGUCAGCGAACACAGUUGUCAAGCUGACAGGUCUCCCUGACUUGCUUCACACAUUAAAAAACAACCUGUCUGCAAGUUCUGUUUAUGAAUGAGCCAAGAUGUGCUGCGCAUGCACACAAUCACAAACCUGGCAUCGUAGACACCUCAAUACAGUCAGGU